CGCCCUAUGCCGAACGGGCGCCCGGGCCCUCUCCCCGACGGCUUGAGAUGUGACCAAUAGGGAUGUCGAGUCAGGAUUGACAGGCCCAGCAUCCUGUCGGCAGGAAACAUGUGCCGCGCGGCCCGCCCCCUGCUCCGGGCCGCCAGCGCCCGCCAACACCCGGCCGCGGCAGCAGGGCCAAUGCGGCGCGGGGGGCGGGCUGCGGGGCGGGGAUUGUUUACGUCUCGUUCGGGAGCUGAAAGUAGGUCACGGCCGGCCGGCGGAACGCGGCGGCGGCGACAGAUCCUGUCCACCAUGGCCAGGCGUCCUCGCAGCAGCACAGCUUGGCAUUUCGUCCUGAGUGCAGCCCGCCGAGAUGCGGAUGCCCGGGCCGUGGCUCUGGCGGGGAGUGCUAACUGGGGCUACGACUCAGAUGGGCAGCACAGUGACUCUGACUCGGACCCCGAGUCCUCAGCCCUGCCGCCACCCAUCCCCAGCGCCGUGCCCGUGACCGGGGAGUCCUUCUGUGACUGUGACAGUCCGAGUGAGGCCUCCUUCUGCAACAGCCUGCACGCGGCACACCGGGGCAAGGACUGUCGCUGCGGCGAGGAAGAUGAGCAUUUUGACUGGGUGUGGGAUGACCUGAAUAAGUCUUCGGCCACCCUGCUGAGCUGUGACAACCGCAAGGUCAACUUCCACACGGAGUACAGCUGCGGCACGGCGGCCAUCCGGGGCACCAAGGAGCUGGGGGAGGGCCAGCAUUUCUGGGAGAUCAAGAUGACCUCUCCCGUCUAUGGCACCGACAUGAUGGUGGGCAUCGGGACAUCAGACGUGGAUCUGGACAAGUAUCACCACACAUUCUGCAGCCUGCUCGGCAGGGACGAGGACAGCUGGGGCCUCUCCUAUACGGGUGCGCGGGGCACUGCGGCCGGUGGGGCGGGCGGGAGGCCGGGGUGGCAUGGCUCACCCCUCCGCCACUCCCCGCCCCCCCCCAGGGCUCCUCCACCACAAGGGCGACAAGAUGAGCUUCUCGUCGAGAUUCGGCCAGGGCUCCAUCAUUGGUGUGCACCUGGACACCUGGCACGGCACGCUGACCUUCUUCAAGAACAGGAAGUGCAUAGGCGUGGCGGCCACCAAGCUGCAGAACAAGAAGUUCUACCCGAUGGUGUGCUCCACCGCGGCCAAGAGCAGCAUGAAGGUGAUCCGCUCGUGCGCCAGCGUCACGUCCCUGCAGUUCCUGUGCUGCUACCGCCUGCGCCAGCUGCGGCCCGACUCCGGGGACACGCUGGAGGGUCUGCCCCUGCCGCCCGGCCUGAAGCAGGUGCUGCGCCACAAGCUGGGCUGGGUCCUGAGCAUGAGCUGUGGCCGCCACAAGCCCCCCGCGCCCUCGCCCAAGGCCAUGGCCGAUCCCAGCGGCCCUGAGACCCGGCGCUGCCAGAGGAAGCGCUGCCGACGGACCUAACUUGUUUUCCAACGAAAACUGCUUUUCCGGGCCGAGGUGGCGCGUUCUCCGUCCCUCCCUUUUGGGCCACGCUCCAGGGCAGCAGACAGGACGGAGCUGAGGUCCGUCCCUCUGCCACCCGAGGCUGGGACAGGCCCUGCGCUCCUGAAAGCAGAACUGUCCAAGGGCACCUGCUUCCUGCGUUGGGUGUGGGGGCGGCCGUCCUGGCUCUUUGGGACUGACCGCGGGCCCGGGCGGCUGUUGGGGGCUGCGGAGGACACACGUCAGAGGCGGCACCGCGGCUGCCGCCAGCCGGGGCUCUUUCUUAACUUGCCUUUUGCAUGUGGUCAGCUGCUGUCUCUCCCGUCCCAGGCUGAAAUGACCCUAAUAAACUGGGCGUUUGGGCAA